CAGGCAGUGGUCUUGUUCCACGGAUGGGCCGGCCCUGGGAACGCCUUAAUAGAUCUUGUUCUCUCCAUAGCAAGCAGCAAUCUGCUCCAGUUUGCGGAUAUGAUCCGGCAGCAAACCGGAAAGCUCGCGAGUCUGUCUUACUCCAGUUACGGCUGCUACUGUGGACUGGGAGGAUCCAGGCAGCCUGUGGAUGAAACCGAUUGGUGCUGCCAUGCCCAUGACUGCUGCUAUGGAAAGAUGCUGUCACUUGGCUGCAAACCGAAAUAUGAGCUUUAUUCCUACUCGUUCCGGGACGGCACCAUAAUUUGUGGUGGGAAAACCAAGUGCCAGCGGAUGACCUGUGAGUGUGAUAAAGUCGCCAGCCUGUGUUUCAAGACAUCUGCUUAUCAUUUUGAAAAUGCUUUUUACCCGAACAUAUUUUGCAGGGGUGCUACCCCUCCUUGCAAUAAUGCUAUGGACAAUGAUGUCUCCAUUGCCUGAACCCACAAGGCUACAUCAUUCUGAAGGGAGGCGCCGUUAUACAUUUCUUACCACUUUGUGUCAAAUAUUUGCCCCAAACCUUUGCAUCUUGCAAUUGGGGCAAUCUGCAUUGGGGCAGAUGCUGGCUCUUAGCCUACCCUACAGGGUUGUUGUGAGGAUAAGACGCAGAGGAUUCCUUGCAAGCCGAAAAAAAAGGGGGGGGGAAUAGAACUGUAAUA